UGCCUUACUCUCAAGAUAUCCUCACAUGAUUUCUCUCUUGUGACCCACAUUCCUCAUCAAAUCGCUUGACUGGGUCAAAGUGUCUGAAACUUACAACAUUUGGAUGAAGUUGGUGGGAAUCUGUGCAGAACGUGAACUUCUGGUUUGUGCAACCCUACCAGAAGCAAUGGCGGAAUUGAGGACGGAUAGUAUUUGAGCGUGAUCAAGAACUAAUAGAUUGACAUCUGAUGGCCGAUUCAGCCUGUCCAACAGAUUCAAGGAGGUGUAAUUACUUCUUCCUCUAUGAUGGGUCGAAGGUCCAAGAGGAAGGAGACCCGACGCGGGCUGGCAUAUGCUUCUUCUACCCUGAGGAGACUCCACUGGAGCAGCAGGAGUUGCUGUGUGGGCAGCUGGCAGGUGUGUGCCAGUGCGUUUCAGAGCUGUCCCGCUCACCUGUGCGUCUGCUGAGACUGCGCGGGAGCAAGUUUGCUGUACGCAUGAAGGACCACUUCCUAUGGGCUUUCAGUUGUCCUCCGGACAUUCCAGAUGUGAGUGUGUGUAAACUCUUAGAUCAGUUGAUCAGCCUCUUCUGUUUCUACAAUGGCCCUAUACGACAAAGUUACCAGCUGCACAGUCGGGCUGAUUUGGCGUUGCGCUGGGCCAGGUACCUCACCCACCUCCAGGGAGGCUCUUCUGAGCUCCACCACAUCUUCAGCUGCCUGAGAACCAUCGACUCCACACAUAUUGAUCCCCUGUUACUUUUGAAGGCCGCCCUGAUCCUGCAGGCAUGCCAACGGUGCCCCCUAGUGUUGGCAGGGUGCAUACUCUACAGAGGCAGGGUCGUGAGUACUCAGAUGCCUCCUGAUUUGACAGUGAAGGUGAUGGUCCAUGAAACAGAGAGCUACAGUCAACAGGACCACAGGCCAGUGGCCAAUGGGAUCAGCAGUGCUUGUGGUACGCCCUCUUCCAGCACAGGAACAACACCAGUGUUCCUCACCCCCGCUGAGCUCCAGGCACUGUGCUGCCCUCCAGUGAAUAGGACAUGCAGGUCUCACUGUACUCCCCAACCUCCACCUCGACCAAGAAAGUCCCGCCUCCUGUCACGCACGCUAUCCGACACUCCCCCCAGCGAAUUAGACGCUGCUAAACUUGACCCUGCCCCUACCCCUUUUUUGUGUCUUUCUGACGAGUCCUGCUUAAGCCCCUGUCCAUCGUCCUCUCAAGCCACCACCCCCGAGUUCAGCCCCCUUCACCAAUCAGAAAACCCCUGCACAACGGAUGCCGAGUCACAUGAUCACGAUCUGUCCAAUGAGAUUGCGUCAUGUGAACUGGAGGAGGAAGUGGUAAGAGGCAAGAUGGCUAAUGGUUGCAGCAAAAAGGUGGAGCUGAGGAUGGACCAAAGCAAGGUGGAAGCACGUGGCGACUUGAUCCUGCAGAAUGGAAAUGGCUGUCACACCAAUGGCUAUCACCAGGAGCCAGCCUCCGAUCACCACUCUGACCAGAGCUCCGGCGACGAACCGCCAGACACAAGCCAUCUCAAGCCUCUGUCGAAUGGGGCUGAGAUGCCAGACAAAGAAGAGAAGAAGAAGAAGGAGAAAGCAAACAUAAAAAAAGAUAACCAGGAGAGAGACGAGAACAGACAAGCAAACAUGAAGAACAGUGGAAGAAAGAUUGAGGUGAAGGAUAGAGAAGGUGUGGGAGACGGAGAGAUGAGAGAGAACGGGAUGGGCAGAGGGGAGAGUGGGGAGGGAGAGUCAUCGGAAGAGGAGCAGGUAUUGCUGCCCAGGGCCCUGUACCAGCACAGGGUGAGGGCGCUGGUGCUCGCUCUGCUUGUGGAGCCGCACUUCCACAGUGACCAGGCAGCUGUGGAAGAGGUGUCCCACAGCAGCCUGGCUUCUCUAAAUGGACUGGAGGCUCAUCUGAGGACCAGCACGCCCGGGGGCCCGGGGCCCCAUGGUCCCUACACUUUCGCUCAUUACGACUGCAUCCAGAACACGCUCACCACCAACCUGUCUGGACGGUCAGUUGCACCUCAGGAUCGCUCCUUUGUGAGAGCCACAGCCCUUCUCCAUUCACAUUUCUCCCAAACACAGACUCUGCAGGAGGCCAUUGUCAGGAGUGCGGGAGCAGCGGUGUACAGCACGCGCAGCCCAGCCCAGGAGACCUACUUCCUGCAGCAUGCCACCUCAGUCAGGAACUCUGGCAUCCCCAACCACCUGGAUAGCGCCUUCUCCCUGCCCAACAAAGCCCGCCACCGGCUGCUCAAACAUGGGGUCAACCUGCUUUGAGCCGCCCUGGGGUUAGACAGCCACGGAGCUUUUGAGCUGAUCUUGAAAGCUCUGUUACAAAGCACACAUCCCAACCUCUAUGACUUUAUCAUAUUGACAUGGGUACGUGCAUGGCUUUGGCAAGGGUUAGACUUUUGUACAAAGUAGGAAACAAGCUGUAAGAAACAAAAGCGGUGCCUUUUUUAAAUAUUCUAGAAAAGACACUUCAAAUUUUUUUUAUUUUUCAUAGGAGCACUCUGGAAACUCAAGUUGCACUUUUGUCAUAUGUAAACAGUGAUUUUAACAUGCACAUAUGCACACUCUGUUAAAGAAGUAGUUUAAUGUUCUUAAAUUAUAAGUAGGUACAUAUUGUAAGCUAUGCUAUUUGUAUAGCAAAUGUUGCUGCUGCUUUAUUUCCACAUAUUUUGAAGAACAAGUUGAUGGUAGAGCCCUUCACAUACCCUUACAUAGCUGGAGCUCUACCAUAUUUGUGGUCUCCUCCCCUUUGCAGUCUGAGAUGGACAACUGCAAAUGGCUGACUACGCUGGCACUGACUACAUGGCUUUCCUUGAGAACUGAUAGAUGGCUUCCCCCUCCUCUUCUCCUUUCCCUGCGCUUCGACUGUCUCAAAGAUGACACUGCGAGAGCUGUCUCCUCUCCUGAAUCUGGCCUAGAAGGACUUGUUUCGCACAAGGACUCUGCCAUCCAGUGUAAUAUCUGCACACCAUGGUUCAGUUGCACAGCCCAGUCCUCUGCCGACCCAGAGUGAUCCAGUGCUUCACCCCCCCCACCCCACCCCCGCUUACUCCAGAUUGGUCUAUCCUAAAACAUGUUUUAUUUUUUCACUUCACUUCCACACUGAGUUGCCAUGACAAUGAAAUACAUCUCCUAAAAGACAAAAACGUGGACAUGUUCUGCAUGUUUGGUUCUUUGUUUAGCUCUACUAAAUUCAGAAUUCUAAUCAGUUUCUUUCACCCCCUCAUAAUGGUCCUGACAAGGGGGUGGGGUGUAGGGCAACACCAGGCUUGAGCAAAAAUGUACACUGGGAUUGUGGGAAGGCAGUGAAGCCUGAGAUUAUGUCUCUACAUGCUGAUUCUAAUGUAUAUAUUAAGAAGACUUUUUAAAAUUUUGUACAAUGUGCAUUAUGUAAAAUAAAGACGCUUGUUGAUAGUGUG